UUGGGAACCACUGCGCUAGGCUAUUAUGCGUUAGCCGAUUUACUUUCAUUUUCAUAUUUGCAACUACCUAAAAAAUGGACACCGGACUACGAGAGAGGGCAGAAUUGUUUUUGCAGACUGAAGACAGUUUUAGGAUUAAUGCCUACAAUAUCAUCUGAGAAAUGGACAAACUACAAGGACCUAGGGAAUAUGUGGAUGAGGUGUCAUUGUCUGUCACGGCCGAAAGAAGUGGACCAAAGCGCAGCGUGAUGCUCCACAGCAUCUUCUUCUUAGGCUGGAUUCAUUCCCCCAAAUACACCCCCGAGAUGAUCCUUGGUGACCAUUUGUCUGAGAUGAUGAAGAAGAUAUUCCCACAACCGUUUGAGAGUUACACAAGGAAACUGCCAAAACGGACUCCAUUCUCCUGUGUGCUUGAUAUGGUGGUCUCCUGGUUUGGACCAGACCAAAAGUCGGAAAUAUGGCAGAAACUGCGGGAUAUCGCCAAUGUCAUGUCAGGGAAACACCGGUUCACCUCCUCAACCAUCUGCAUCUCUGAAAGUGGAGGGAGGUACUAUGGAGCGUCCAUGUCCUGCACGGGGAAGAAAGAGGGACAGAUUAUGAUCGCUGUGUCCUGUCUGUGUACCUGGCACUACGGUGUAUCCAAUGCCGUGAUGACAUACAAGCCAGAUAAGAACAAGAGAAAGAACUUUGAUGGCACCAUGAAACUACAAGAGUAUGUAAAGUGCCAGGCUUCCAAUGUGAAGAGUGGGGAGGAGAUACCUCCUUGCAAGUCCUGUGGUAAUCUUUUUGGUCUGGAGAAACCAAGCAAUCAGAUGUGGCCCUAUGGAAACUGCGCAGAGGCAGAGAGCUUGAGCAAACUGCUCUAUGGAGAGGAAGAGAUUGUUAAGAAAGUAGUACCACCAGUUGAUUGCGAAAUGCGAGAGCAAGUGGUGAAGGAGGUAAAGGCUCACCUGGAGGAGAAGCUCCAAGAGUCAGAAUUUCAAUGGGAUUCUUCCUAUUACAUUCCACAGUAGAUUGUCAGAGAUGACUGGUAAACGCAUGUGCACACACACACUACAUUUACAGAUAUACAGAUGCACAUUCCUACUGUGACACACUGAGAUCCAAAACAUGAAACAUAUAAUCAUAUCUUGGUGCAGGGCUAACAACAUGUGAUUUGUGGCUGACAGCUAGUGUUGAAACAUUGCCAAAGCAGUGAACCACUCUGUGCAUAUAGUAUACAGUAUAACUGCUAGGCUAAAGCUAUCAGCUCUUAUCAAUGACAUCUGUGAGGUAGAUGGUUCUUUUAGUGGGGGACUUUGAGAACUUACACUCAACAAAAUAAAAGUUAGAUAAUCAGGCCCCCAUUGAUCUUUGUUAUAAUGUUUUAUCAUAAGAAUACAGCUUUAGCCUUGUAAACAUGCAGGUAAUUGCAGGAAAUGUGCUUAAAAACGACAAAAUUUGCUCUCAGUUCCAUGGCAAAAUGUAUAGAAUUGCAGGAAAUGUUGCAUUAAAACUGUCACAUUUUAUUUCAGCUCCAGGGCAAAAUGUGUAGAAUGGCAGGAAAUUAGCUUUAAAACAAAAUGUUCUCUACACCAACCCAUAUGGUGGGUUGUGACUCAAAAGACACCUCCAUUUGUGGGUCACAAAGCAAAAAAGUUUGGAAAUCCCUGGUUGGAAACCUCGAUGGAGAUACUGUAUUAUUCAUCAUUUGUUGGCUGUAUUUAAUUGAAUACUCUAGACAAAGCAUUUUACAUUAAACGUAUAUUAUUUUAAAUUGAUUUUAAACUUUACUUCUGCUGUAGGCAUUGAUGCACAUCUUACUCAUCUGUAACAAAUUACUAAUACUGUAACCGUUGGUGUGAAUUAAUGUCUGGGUUGACUAAUAUGUGAGGAAUGAAUAUAAUAAAGGAGACUAU